AGUUGCCACAAAGAAGCCAUCGGCAAAUCCGACUACGACUGCGUCAUCUGAGCCGUUCGAUGCGGAUUCAGACGGCGAUGCUGCGGCUAUAACUAGUACUCGAUCCCUCGUUCCUCGCCUCUCCCGGAGGUGGCUGCGGGAAAAAGAAGAAAGGAGAAUCUAAUGCCCUCAAAUCCUUCUUCUCUCUAAAUCCGGCUUUCUAGGGUUUCGUUUUUCGAUCGCCACUUGCUUUGCCACUUUAGAGGGAACCGUAACCCUACUUCAUCUUCCGCAAGAUAAUUGCGCCGAAGGAUGGAUCUGAAUCUCCACCUCGGUCUGCCUCGCUCCCCACCUCCACGCCGUCGUGAUCUCGGUUCUGAUCUCUCGCUCAGCUCAUUGCCUCCCCGGCCGUCUCCUUCCACCACUGUCGAGGACGGCCGUGCUCCAAUUCCCAUGUCGGGGGCUGUGGAACCAUCGGAGUCUCACCCUCCCCACGCUAAUUCGCAAGCCGAAUACGGCCCUGAGCUGCCGGUUGUUCUACCGUCCGAUAGAGUCUACACUCCCGAGUACGCCUCGUGCUUCGCUCCUAUUCAACCGGUUGUUGGAGACCCUGAAGGAACUGACGCCCCAUAUUCUCCUAUCCGUGUCGAACACCUGCCUGCUCUGCAGGAACCGGGUGAAGCUUACUUGCCACCUUUUGUUCGUGGAUCAGCAAACCAUCAAGAUCACGGCGCAGCAACCUUUAGCUUUUACCCCUCAAUUACCGUUCAAACAGGUGAAUCCCUGCGUCCGGAAGAUGGGCCCUCUUCGAGAACUGGGCCCUCUUGCUACCCUGAUUUAUGUUUCAGCAGGCUGAUGCAGUCGAGCAAUCGAUGGCCAAACAGGCGAUUUAGGUCUUCGCUUCCGCAUUCUGGUGAGAGGCUCAGUUUUGGUUCAUCAUUGUUGCCUAAUCCUGAGCAGAGGGUGCCUGACAUAGUGAGCUCCCAAAGACCUUCGGAAUGCAAUGAUAAACACAAACUGAUUGCUGAAAACAAAGCAAUGGAAGCUUCAGAAGACGAGAGGGAAGAUAAAAGUAAAAGUGCUGCUAACUUUGAGUGCAAUAUUUGCUUCGAUAUGGCUGCAGAACCUGUUGUUACUUCAUGUGGUCAUUUAUUUUGCUGGCCAUGUUUGUACCAGUGGCUGCAUAUUCAUUCCGAUCACAAAGAAUGCCCUGUAUGCAAAGGCGAGGUAACCGAACCAAAGAUCAUACCUAUUUAUGGUAGAGGGAGUUCACAAACUGGUGUUGAAAAGAAAAAUGGGGAAGAUGCAGAAUCAGCCGUUAAAAUCCCACCAAGGCCACAUGGAAAUAGAUUUGAGAGCUUUAGGCAGCAGGUUUGGUCUGUUUCGAGGAGACUGGAUGAGGGAAUUGCGGCAUCUUGGAGGCGCAUUCUGGAUCAGCAAAUACGUACUGGAAAUAGAUACGGAGCAUUUGCAGAUCCAAGCCAGCAAGAUAUAUAUGACAGUGUUCAUGGUAGAGCUCUAAUUAGGCUGAGGAUGAGAAGAAUGUCGAGGGAGGUGAACCCUGAAAGUGGAUCUGUCACCGGGGAGCUUGGAUUGCCUGUAAACAAUAUGCCAACCCCUAUUGCAAGUAACACAGAUUCUAUUUUUCAAGAUGGAGCUAGGCACCAGUUUUCUAUGUAUGAUGUUGGCAGAGACAGAUCGGCUGCUAUAACUGCUAACUUUGGUAGGGUGGUUGGACAAUUUACAAGUAGUGGUAAUGGAUAUGGUGCAUCUACUUCAUCUGUUGAUCCUCCAAAUUCCAGCCCAUUUGUGAGUGGGCCUCGGGUUGAAUCAGCAUUGGCCGCCGAUCAAGCUUCUGCUUCUAGCACCAUGGCAGACAUACAGGGAGAUGUUGCUAGUUCUGAUGCCCUUGCAGAACCUUAUAAUGCCGGGUCAUCUUGGUUUAAUCUGAGGAGAGGUAGAAGCAGCACCUCUGGUUCCUUUGAUGCUGAUGGAGGUGUUCUUGACUCGUCUAAGAGAAGAAGAUUGAACUAAUUCUCCUUGACUAGUAGUGAUUUGAGGCAUCUUCUGCUUAUUCACCUCUUGGUACGUGUUUAGAUAAUAAAUCAAGUGGAGUAAUAUAAUUAGUUGCUUCUAUGAUAUGUUCAUCUUCAUCGGAUUAUCUUCAUUACAUACAAAUCAUACCCAGCAUAACAUGUAUACUGGAAAGUUCUGACAGCUCCAUCUUUCAAUAUUAAUGGCUAGUUUUCUCCA